UCCCCGUCCCCCGAGUCCCGUCACCAGGACCUGGGAAGAGCGGCGCCGGGCGGGCGUCCUGCAGAACCAAAGCCCAUCUGCUCUCAGGUGUUGCCAGUUCCCACAAGAGAUCGUGGUGCAGAUGGUGGAGCGAUGCCGCAUCCGGAAGCUGCAGCUGCUGGCCCACCAGUACAUGAUCCCCAGCAAGGUGGAGUUCUACGUCAGCCACUGCCUGCCCGAGUACCUGCCCCCGUUCCAGGGGGAGCGCUUCCGCAGACUCGGCUACGUCUCCCUCUGCGACAAUGAGAAGACGGGCUGCAGAGCGCGGGAGCUGAAGUCGGUCUAUGUGGACACCGAGGGGCAGUUUCUGAAACUCGUUUUUCACCAAAAUCACGCCAACAAGUACAAUGUCUACAAUCAGGUGACACGCCUCCCCGUGCCGACCCCCAGCUCCGGUUGGGUCCUGUGUCCCGUGUCUUUGCAAAGAGGCACUUUCAGUCUUCUGUGAGGUGGCAUCUCUAUGGGGAAUGUUAAGCUCCCCUAGAGGGAGCCGCUGGCCCAGCUGCUAUGCAAGCAGGGAGCCCCACUGGUCCCACCGCAGGCAGGGAGCUGGAGCGGGAGCUGGAGGGCUCCUCACCUCGUCCUUCCUCCACACGCCUCCCCCCACAUGUUUUCACCAGUGACAUCCAGGUGGGUUCCUACUUCAGCUA